AUGUCAAAUUUCGGUCGCAGGACCUGGGACAGAGAAGAGUAUGCUAAACUUGCUAGUGAGGGGCAAUUGACACACGAGCAAUCAUUGAAAAGCAGCUUGACACCUGCUCAGUUUCAGCAACUGAAGCGCAAAUACACAAAUUUUCAUGGUUUAAUGCAAGAUGCAAUUAAAAAUUUGAACACGAAGGUUUUGACGACAGGUCUUAGCUCAUAUAAGAAGGGCAAGCAAUUCGGAUUUUAUUGUGAACUUUGCAAUCUCACUUUUAAAGACACGAUGCAAUACAUCGAUCAUUUGAAUCACAAGACACAUCAGUUAAAAUUUGAAAGCAUUUUUGAUGAACCGCUAAUAAAUGAUACCAGAGAUAAUGAUAUGAUUGAAAAGGAAGAGUUUGAGGGUAUAUACCACAGUAUAAUCGAUCAAUUUAUAAGCCUUCAUGGUACAAAGAAACCAAGGAAGAGCAAAAAGGCGAGUAUACGACAAGCCUUGCUCCAAAAGGAAGAACAUCCAACCGAACUAGAGUUGGCAAUGGGAUUCAAGGCCUUUGGAAACGCGAACCGCUAA